AUGGUUGUGCAAGUAUCUAGUAGUCCUGAUGACGUUGGUCUUGCAGUUGGCCAGUUUAUCUUGGACCUCAGUAAGCAAUGUAUUGCUACGAAUGGUCGAUUUACUAUGGCACUCUCUGGUGGUUCCCUCCCCAAGAUCCUGAACAAAGGUCUUCAGACAAUUAAACAAGAUGUGGACUUUUCCAAGUGGUUCGUAUACUUUGCUGAUGAACGUUGUGUACCUCUGGACCACGAUGAUAGCAACUACAAGGCCUGCAAGGAAGCACUUUUCAACUUUAUUCCUGUGCCAGAAAGUCAGAUCUACUCGAUUAAUGCGUCGCUGACCCCGGAUGCAAUGGCUGCAGACUACACUAAGAAGCUGACAGAAGUGUGGGGCACCGAUCUGCCUCGCUUUGAUCUCAUCUUGUUGGGCAUGGGCCCAGACGGUCACACAUGCUCGCUCUUUCCUGAUCACCCGCUUUUAGAGGAAAAGACGCUGUUCGUAGCGUCCAUCGAAGACUCGCCCAAACCGCCCUCACAGCGAAUCACACUCACCUAUCCGGUCUUGAACAAUGCCGCCAAUGUUGCGUUCGUCGCCACUGGUGCUGGCAAGGCCGAGCUGAUUCCACACAUGGUAGGCAUUGAAAAGCGCACGCCUCCGCUCCCCGCUGCCAAUGUCAAUCUCACAGACGGUGUAGUCUACUGGUUUAUUGACGAGGAUGCUGCCGCAAAGCUCUCGGACGAAGCUAAGAUGUAG